GUUCCCCCCUACUAUGACUAUGAUGGGAGUAGAGCCGGUGGCCAUGGAUCUGGAGCCACCUCUAGCCGCCGAGCCCGAGGUGGUCAUCGUGCUGGCCUUCACCGAUGGGCUCGACCUCGAGAAGCACCCCGACUAUGUCAUCGAGGGCGUGGAGACGGGCCAACCUGUGGUGCGGAUUGCAGACCUGCCCGAUCGAGAGUAUGUGGGACGGGUUGAGGAUGAGUUGGGCGAUACGCUGCUGUACACUCCGCCGCGGGAAGGCGUCGAUACACUGAAUGACGACGGCGAGCCGGUGGAUGUGCCGUACGACAGCGAGGCCCCGGUGAGGUACAUGGCCAAGGUGAGACGAACCAUUGUUCUCACCCCACGCGUCGUCGCCGAUCCGGCUCUGAUGCCUGUGGGCGAGUGAGUUGCGCAUCGCGGCAUGAAGCCAAUCCAACUUUACCUUUUAGUAGAUGCCCGGGAGGAUCCGCC